GGGUGGUUUCGUGGCUGGAGUUCCUGGAUCUGUGAGAGGUGGGCUAGAGCAAAGGCAUUUUCUUCUUCAACUCCAAGGUCUCAUCACCUCAUGGUGGCUGUGGCUCUUCCUGUGGAGUGGUUGAGUGAACAAUGGAAUCUCUGCCACUGGGGACCAGAGUGAGGUCCCAUCUCCCACACCGGCCACCACUCCAGGAUUUGGUGCACAGCUCUCACAUGCUUCUCUUUGGAUGUUGAAGCCUCCUGAGUGUUGGUGAGACCACGGCAAUGGGGAACACGGCUUCUCCAGAAGCCAGCAGGAGCCAUCGCAUCUUCAGUCCCAUCGGAGGAGUCAUCACAUCUUCCGUCCCAUCGCAGGAGUCAUUGAAUCUCCAGUCCCAUCCCAGGAGUCACGGCAUCUCCAGUCCCACCGCAGGAGCCGACACAUCUCCAGUCCCGUCGCAGGAGUCAUGGCAUCUCCAGUCCCAUCCCAGGGGCCAUGGAAUCUCCGGUCUCAUCGCAAGAGUCAUGGCAUCUCCAGUCCCAUUGCAGGCAUCAUGGCAUCUCCACUCUCAUCGCAGGAGUCAUGGCAUCUCCAGUCCCGUCACAGGAGUCGUUGCAUCUCCAGUCCCAUCGGAGUCGUCGCAUCUCCAGUCCCGUCGCAGGCGUCAUCGCAUCUCCAGCCCCAUUGCAGGAGCCGUCGCAUCUCCAGUCCCAUCGCAGGAGUCGUUGCAUUUCCAGUCCCAUCGCAGGAGUCGUUGCAUCUCUAGUCCCAUUGCAGGAGCCAUGGCAUCUCCAGUCUCAUCGCAGGAGUCGUUGCAUCUCCAGUCCCAUCACAGGAAUCGUCGCAUCUUCAGCCCCAUCGCAGGAGUCAUAGCAUCUCCAGUCCCAUCGCAGGCAUCAUGGCAUCUCGACUCCCAUCGCAGGAGCCAUUGCAUCUCUAGUCCCACCGCAGGAGCCAUGGCAUCUCCAGUCCCAUCGCAGGAGUCAUUGCAUCUUCAGUCCCAUCGCAUCUUCAGUCCCACCGCAGGAACCAUCGCAUCUUCAGCCCGAUCACAGGAGCCAUCGCAUCUCCAGUCCCAUCGCAGGGGCCGUCGCAUCUUUAGUCCCAUUGCAGGGGCCAUCACAUCUUCAGUCCCAUCGCAGGAGUCAUCACAUCUCCUGUCCCAUCGCAGGAGUCAUCGAAUCUCCAGUCCCACCGCAGGAGGGCAGUUUGGAGGCUGGGGGAGCUGUGACACACUGAACUUUGACAUCCUCUGACAGCCUGGCCAAAUAGGGCUUCCUUGGUUGUGCAUGUUGAACAGGGACACAUCCAGGGGAAGCUCUUGACAUGCGUUCACUAUGAAUGGUGUCCUGCACGAAGAAAGCUCUUUACUUGUAGACAAGAGCUCCAGGAGCACACAGUGCUUAGAGUUUCCACUUUUCUGCCGAGAAAACUGAGGAGCACCAAAGUCCAGCACCUUCUGGAUUUCAGUCCUAUCAUUAAUUGGAUCAGAUUUUGAUGUCAGCCUUUGAAGAUGCCAUGGGUCUUAGCUAUGCAUCUUGAAUGUGAGGUUUUCAGUCCUUGUGCAGUACGGACACCAGAAAGAACCAAGCAUCGGCAUGCUUCUGAAGGGAAGAAGGUGUCUUAGGGAUACAAGAGCAACAUUGGAGAGUGACCUCUGUCCUUAGCCACAGCUUAGCCUCUAAUUUGGCUGGGCUUUGGCUUCUACCAAUAGAGAAGAGUGGAGGGCAAAGGUGACUGGAGACUCGCUGAGUGCAAGGGUUACACUCGGCUGUUGGACUGGGAGCCGGUCACCGUGUUGGUGAGGCCACAUAUAUUGGAGUUUGAGGAUCUUUCA